GUCACUGGCAGCCAUUCGGCGCAUACCACGCGCUCUAACGCUCCCCAACACACACUGGUUUAUUUACCAACAUAUAACAUCGCACAUACGACAUAGAAGACAUCACAUUCAACUUUUCGUAUGGCGGACGAUGCAGCGACGGAUUGCCUCUUCGAACGGCUCAGGUUGCACCAGCAGCGCUCUCCGGACGCGACCGAAGUGGCCCGCGCUAUCACCGCACGCAUCAAUGCGCGUCUCACUUCACAUGACAAACAGAUUCGCCAGAGUACAUUGGAUAAACUAUGGAAUAAACAGUCUGGUGGGAUUCAGAUGCUUCUCUCUAUUUUGGAAUCUUCAAGAGACACUCCAACUUCGACCUACGUAACGGCUAUUUUGAGAGAGACGCUAUGCUUGAAACAAGGAAAAGGAAAGAAGUGUGCAGUCAUUAGUGAAUCCGGAAACAAGAAGAAGGAAACCAAAAAGAUUGGGAAGGAAAAUAAGUUUGGUUUAGUCAAGAAGGCAAAUAACCUCGCCCGGCAGCAGUGUGCUCAGCAGUUCAUAUCCGCGAACGGUACUCAAGUUAUCAUUCGUACAUUAUUAGCGACGCACGGUAAACGAGAUGGAAAUGUUGGCACCGAGCUAAUGCUGCAAGAUCUUGUGUGGAUCCUCGCGGCACUCGCGCCAAAAGAUCCGAAAUUCGCAAUGAAAAUUAGAAUGCUGGGAUGCGUCAGGACUUUACAUCUAAUACUAAAAGGACAUUUUACUGACAACAAACUCGUUUUUCCUCUUUUGGUAAUAAUGAAACAACUAGCCAAAAACGCUGUUACGACGUCGAUUUUGAUUCGUGAUGGCGUUAUCGGUACCUACGAAAGGGUUUUGGUGAGCCUCGGUUUCAUUCCCACGGCCAGACUACGGUUGUGCCUUGAUGCCAUUGACUACUUCAGCAAGAAUAAGGUGUGCUGCAUGCAGAUCGUGAAGACAGGCCUGUGUAGCGUCCUCCUAAGGGUGUUCGAUCGAUGGGAUCGAUACGAAGGUCGAAUGAGACUGAAGAUAUGCGCCCACAUACUACAGACGCUACAACAUCUGUGUAACAUCAAGGCAGGUCGUCGAGCUCUGUGCACUAAGAAACAUGUUCAAGCGCUGCACAGGUUCUGUUCGCAAUGUCCCGAUGAACCGGAGUUUGACGGUCUCCUUGCGAGGGUGUGUUCUGUGAUUACAUUAUGUCUAAAGCAUCAAGCUUUACCAGUAGCUGCUGCUAGUCCAGCUACGUUCAACCUGAAUCCAAUUUUAAAAGGUACAAACGCAUCAUGGCCAUGUCACGAAGACGAGGAAGACGCUGCUAAUUCGGAUUCCAAAACAGUUAACUCAGAUGACGAAGACAGCCCGGAUAUUGACAUCGAUGCUAUAGACGAAUUUCCUGACAUAGAAUAUGAUGAUGAUACAAAAAAUGAAAGUAUGGAAGUAUUGGAUAAGAUUAAUAUUAAAAAUGGUGAUAGCUUGCAAAGCGCCUUAUGGAUUAAUCCUAAUGAGAGAGAUUUUGAAGACUUAAAAAAGUAUUUUAUAUUCUUCAAAGAAUUUGGUUCCUAUAAUAAGCAAGCCAAGCUCGUUAAAAGCCGGUCCAAUUCCCGCGGAUCUAUUUUAGAAGACUUCUUAAUCAACCAAACCUGUUGCAAUAGGAACGUUUCCUCUGCACUAAGCCUCUCAAUAUCUACAGUUUUGGGAACAACAUUUGACAACGUAUUGACAACAUCUCAAUUACCUACCUUCACGCAAAGCUUCAAUAAGAUUCAUGAGGUUACUUCGACAACAUCUUGUUCUACUUUGAAGAUCCAUAAAGACAUUUCCAAAUAUAGUUCAUUUGCCUCAGUAUAUUGUACAAUAUCCUCAAGAGUGAAGAGUGUAAUACCGUUUGUGAAGGUUGCGUAUCCCGACAUGACAAGGGGACUGAGCAUCACGCACCCAGAGCCUUUGAAUAAAAUGGAAAGGACAGCUUGCAGAGCUAAAUUAUUAUCAUGUGUGGACCGAGCAAUAAACCCUGAAGCGUAUAUGAAUGAAGUAGUUUAUGAUUUAGACCAGCUCUGUAACUCAACAAAUAAUGUCGACGCUGCCACACAAAAAAGUUGCGAAGGUUUAUUACUGAGUAAUAAUGAUGAACAAGAAAUAACGAAAGUAAACAAUUUCUCUUCUCGAUUAAGCUUUGAAUCGAGAUUUGAAUCUGGAAACCUCAGGAAAGCCAUUCAAAUAGGCCCCAGAGAGUAUGAGCUCGUGCUCAUGCCGGACGUGAACUCCAAUAAAAGACACCAGUGGUUCUACUUUGAAGUACGUAGCAUGCAACAGGGAAGACCGUAUAUAUUCAACAUCAUCAACUGUGAAAAGUCUGACAGCCAAUUCAAUUUUGGAAUGAAGCCAGUAAUUUAUUCAGUGAAAGAAGCUGUUUUGGGUCGACCAGGUUGGACGCGAGCCGGAUCAGAUAUUUGCUACUACCGGAACAGCUACCACUACGCGAACCAAAAGAACCACAACAAAUGCUACCUGACUGUCACGUUCAACAUUGAGUUUCCACAUUCCAAUGACGUCUGCUACAUCGCUUACCACUACCCCUUCACCUAUUCAAUGAUAAUGACUCGUAUUUGGCAAUGGAGCCUGCAGAUGCCUCCCGGUUCGUAUUUCCGCGCUGAGCCUCUCUGCUACUCUUUGAACAGUAAUGAAGUACCCUUUUUAACUGUAUCUGCCGAGGACACGCCAUCUAAUCCAAUAGCGGAUCGUGAAAUAGUAUUUCUUUCUGCUCGUGUCCACCCUGGCGAGAGCAAUGCUUCUUGGGUGAUGGAUGGCACGCUCGGUUGUCUGCUUGGUGACUCUGUGGUCGCGGCUGCGUUGCGGAGCAAAUACGUGUUCAAGAUUGUACCGAUGCUUAACGUCGAAGGGGUACUCAACGGAUGUACUACUAAUACGAUCCUAAAAUCUCAUUUAUACAUUACGAUAAUCGAUGUACCAAGUGCAAAAGCAAAUCUUCGACAAGCAAGCUAUGAACGGGAAUCGCACUGA